AUGGAGCUACCUUCUACCCUGGAAGAUUUGGACCCCAAAUUUGUCACACGUUGCUCACUUAUAGAGAUUGAAGGAGUUUCUUUGCCCACCACAACUGCAGAACACUGGGAUCAGAUAAAAAGCUUCCAGGCACGACCGGAUGAUCUUCUCAUCUGCUCUUACCCCAAAGCAGGGAGCACCUGGUUGCAAGAGACUGUGGACAUGAUCCAAAAUGCAGACAAUCUGCAGAAAUGUGCUCGAGCCCCCAUCUACAAGCGGAUGCCCUUUUUGGAUAUGUUUCCUCCAAUCACCUUUCCUUCAGACUUGGACUAUGCAGAAGCAAGGCCUUCUCCACGCUCACUCAAAAGUCACCUGCCGGUUCAUCUCCUGGCUCCAUCCUUUUGGGAACAAAAGUGCAAGGUAAUCUAUAUCGCCAGGAAUGUCAAGGACACUGUGGUUUCAUAUUUCCACUUUCAUCACAUGAACAAAACCUUGCCACAUCCAGGAAACUGGGAAGUGUUUCUGGAUAAGUUCCUUGCUGGGAAGGUUAUUUGCGGCUCAUGGUUUGACCAUGUCUGUGGCUGGUGGGAGGCCAAGAAGCGUCACCCAAUACUCUAUCUCUUUUACGAAGACAUGAAAGAGGAUCCAAUUCGGGAAAUGCGGAAAAUAGCCCAGUUCCUGGAAUUAGAGAUUCAAGAACCAGUUCUGAAUCAGAUUUUGGAGCACACCAAGUUUGAGACCAUGAAAGGAAACACAAUGGCUAAUUUUGCUAAUGUGUCACCCAGUCUCAUGGACCACACCGUGUCACCCUUCCUCAGAAAAGGCAUUGUUGGUGACUGGAAGGAGCACUUCACAGUGUCUCAAAGUGAGCAGCUGGACGGCAUCUGUAGUCAGUUGCUGGCAGGUAGUGGCCUGACUUUCCGCACAGAGCUGUAA